AUGAUGAGUUUGAGCAAGAAAUAUUCUCCCUUUCUUGGAGCUAAAGCCACUAUCCUUUUGAUAUUGAUCCUUGCUGCUAGAGCUAGUACUCUUGUAGUUGUUGCUAGGCCAAAAUUUGAAGCAAGGGACACGUACUUUCCACAGAGCAAUCGUCCAGUUCAGCCAUCUGGUCCUAAUCCUUGCAGUUACCUGCCUGCACCAGGGCAUUGCAAGCCUCCAAAGUGA